AUGGGUGGCUCUCCCUACAAUUCAUCCUACGCGCAUAGUCCGGGUGCAACGGGCGCUUCGACGCCUGGCCAAACCCCGACGAGCGCUGCCGCGUCGCCGCAGUUCACCGGUAUCCAACUUCCCAUCAGCACCCCUAGUGCGCCUUCUCCUGGUCCAGGAACACCCCAAAACCUGAUCCCUACGCCAACAAUCGCGAUGCCCACCCCUGCAGCGACUACCACAACGAACGGCCACUCCCCAGGCCUCAACCUACCACAUAUUCAACCGCAAGUCCCCGCGUUACCAACGCCGCAGGGGUCCGCGGUGUCCAGCCCGGGGCCAGUCCAGUACACCGCGGCAACAAUGGCACCGAUUGCGCCUGCGCCGAGCCCGAGUGCUCCUUCGCCAGCGGCCAUUUCCAAUAGCAUGCCUCCCCCAGCCCGGCCCCUCGAGCGACAAGGAAAGGAGUUCGAUUACGAACCAACUGAUAUGUUGGCUGGAACUGGUAUAGACCUGCGCGCCGAAGAGAAUUACGCAACAGAAAUGCUUUUCAACAACGACGAGGCAUCGUAUGGUAUAUCGCAGCACCCGCCAGGAGGCAAGGAGAGCUUUUACGGGGCAGGACCAAUGAACCAGCCCUCGGAGCAGACAGAUGCGCAGUCUCAGGAAGAUCUUGUAACACAAAGUGCAAAGAAGGCGUGGGAUGCCGCCUCGAGAAAGCUUGCUCAGAUUCGGGUUCAAGAGCUCAACGAACCGUACCUGUCCGUUGCGGCGCUUCACAAAAACUCGACAAAAGAGGCCAGCCGAGUAUCCGUAAAUCGCCAGGCGACCUCUCAUGGACAUAUCCCCGAGGAGUGGUCGGAUGUAGCCGCGCCCCUCAAAGGCAUGGGCGCGGUGGAAGAGGCACCCGCAACGGAGAUCGAUGCAGCGGUGGACCCAGAGUCCAAUUCGCUAAAGAGAACCCAAGCAGCUGCCGAGCUUGAACCAAACGGGGCCCCUACCAAACUACAACGAAUUGAUAAGAACGAAACGAUAUCGACAGUAAGGGAUGUUGCAAGGACGGAGCGCGACUGGGAGGAACUUCGACUCCGAAAACGUAACGCCCGCAAAGAUGGGACGACGGAAUCCGCCGCGCCAUCGCGCGCCGGCUCGGUUGGUCCGGGUACUCCUGGCUCCACGCCAGCGGGCGAUGCCGCGACACCCAAGAAGGAAGGCUUAACAAAGAAAGAGCAACGCAAGAACGCGGCGGCCAAAGCGGCGGAGGCGAGCAAUCACGCCUCUCAAAACCUGACCAGUAGCAUGUUCGUCGGAAAGAUGGGUAGUGUCUUCGGAAAGAAGAAGUACAACUGGAUGACGGGCGGAGGCCGGAGCGGGGCUUCGACACCAGCGCGCUCUGGCACGCCAGGUCCUGGGGGCAAUGCGGCUGCGGCGCCGGCGCCGGCGCCCGAGAGCAUGCCCUUGACGACAGACAGUCGGAACAGACUUGGAAAUUGGCGGGAAGACAGGGAAAAGGGCAGGGGCGUACAAUUGAGGGAUUGGAUCGCGGCGCUCGAGGCGGACGGACUCGAGCACUCUGCGCUACAAGGGGCCUACAAUAGCCUCGAUUCCUCCGGACCCAAGUAA